AUGUCUACACCUAAAUUCAGGAUCGCUAUCUGCGGAGGAGGGGUAGGUGGUUUGACAUUAGCCGUUGCUUUGUCCCGGUAUCCCGAUAUUGUCGUCGACGUGUAUGAAGCUGCUCAGAGCUUUUAUGAGGUUGGGGCUGGUAUUGGUAUCUGGCCUAGGGCGUUUAAGGUCUUGCGAAAACUUGGACGUGACGUCGAGCAGCAACUACUUCAGCGCUGCGGUUACGAAUUCACAGAAGAAUAUGUCCCAGGUGUUAAGCACCGUAAAAGUGAUCAAGCCGUUGGCAUUCCGCUUUUUGAACUGAUGACAAAAGGCAAUCAAAUGCGUUUUCAUCGAGCUGACUUUCAGGGCGUACUUCUCUCACAUCUCCCACCGUCUUGUAAAACACACAACGCCAAGCGACUAAAAUCAUAUAUUCAGCCUUUCAGGCACCGUUCAAGAAAUUCGCCGAUUACGCUAAUAUUCAAGGAUGGAUCUACCGCGACAUGCGAUGUUUUAAUUGGUGCUGACGGGAUUAAAUCCAUAGUCAGAUCUUGCAUGAUGCGUGAAUUGGCUGAGUGCAUGGAUCCUGUUGAAAAACAGUCUGUGCUCUCGUGUAUUAACCCAAUUUGGAGUGGCGUCACUGCAUACCGAACAUUAAUUCCUGCAGAGAAGCUGCGCGCGCGUUAUCCUGAUCACCGUGUCUUUGGGGGAGGAAUUACUCAGUACUUGGGAAAAGAUGCUUUCUUCCUUGGAUACACAGUUUCUCUUGGGAAAUACAUCAAUAUCGCAGGUUUCACGCUUCAACCCGAUCUCGUCGACACGGUCUAUGAAGCCGAUGCACGAAUUCCUCUUCGUCGAGCCUUUCAAGACUUCGAAGAGGACGCGAAGCUCCUUCUCGAGUGUGUGGAUAGAGUCGCGCUCUUGGGAGAUGCUGCCCAUGCAAUGCUGCCGUUCCAAGGCGCUGGUGCUGGUCUAAGUAUCGAGGAUGCUUACCUCCUCGCAACUGUUCUUGGACACAAAGCUACGACCCUAGACACGGUACCCAGGGCCCUCGCCAUAUACGAUAAGUUGAGACGGCCAUUCUCAUCGGAUGUAGCUCUGCGCUCAAGGCUUAAUGGCCAACUAUGCGCAUUUCAAACGGACGUCCCUCUACACGAGCUCGGCAAUACGAUGACUAAAAAUUGGGAGUGGGCAUGGCUAACGGAGCUAGAUGGUGCUUUGGAAGAAGCUGUCAAGCUUGUGGAGGACAGAUCAAUCAACAUCAGCUGA